GGUUGUUAGUGGACGAACCAUAAAGGCGAGCAGGAUGGAAGUAAAGGAUUCCAAUGCCGCUAUGCUAAGCAAUUAUGAGGUCUAUCAGCUGCUGUCAGAUUUGAAAGAGAAACGAAAGGAAGUUGUCAAAAAUAAGCACAGCACUGGGCAGCAGAAUCUCAACACCAUCAUGUAUGAGACACUGAAGUACCUCUCCAAGACGCCAUGUGUCCGUCAGAGACCAGAGACUGUGAAAGACUUCCUUACUGCAAUGCUGCCUCAUAAGCUCACCAACUGUUGUUUCUUUUCUGUUCCUGUUGAAAGAGCUGAGAAGUUGCAGCUGCUUAACCACAGACCUCAGACUGCUGUUGAAAUCCAACUGAUGGUAGAGGAGAGUGAGGAAAGACUGACAGAAGAACAGAUUGAUGAACUCAUACAGAAAGUCACAGACAUCCUACCUGGUGACCCACAGAAAGAAGGCAAUGCAUCUGCUGACACUGAGAUGGAGGCAGAUCAGUAGCUUACGACUUGAAUGACUUUGUUUAUUUUUAAUGGACUUCUGUCUGAAGUCUACUGUUGAUAUUCAUUAUAUUAAUGUGAUGCAUGUCAGCCAGAAGUUAUAUCUUAGAAAAAGUUGUGUAUCAUGUUUACAAAUACCCUGUAUAACAAGUUAUAUGUUUAAAUGAUUAAAUCGUUGUAGUAAA